UUUAAAUCCACAGCUAAAUUUAGCUGAACUUUUUUACAAAACCGACAAAUCUGAUACCGACCCAUUUCACCCAUUAUGGUUUUCUUAGCAUACGCCAAGAUAAGGAAGUCACAUAGUUCGUUCCUCACCUAGAAAAAGAUCCACAUUAUUGGUCUGUGUGCUUUUUGUCUGAACGAAGUUGCUUGCUUCAGACUCCCAGUUCUGAGAGUUGAGUUUCACUGUUAUCAAUAAUGGUGAUUUUGAUACAUUUGAGUCAAUUUCUGUAAGUUGAGGUGAUUCUGAGGUAGUUGCAAUGGAUCUAACAUUGGGAUUCUGCCUCACCUUGUUUCUUGCCUUCGUUUCUCUUCCUGCGAUUUUAGCUCAAGAUAUUGGAACUGCUAAAAUUUUAGUGGAUGGCACUAAAAGGGUAGCUGAAAUUGAUGAUAAUUUCAUCUGUGCAACUAUUGAUUGGUGGCCUCGUAAUAAGUGUGACUACAACCAAUGUCCAUGGGGGAAUACAUCUGUUAUUAAUUUGGACUUAUCUCAUCCUUUACUUGCCAAGGCUAUCCAAGCUUUCAAUCAUUUGAGGAUAAGAAUUGGAGGUUCUUUGCAAGAUCAAGUGGUGUACAACGUAGGAAAUUUGAGGUAUCCUUGCCAUCCUUUUCGAAAGAUGAAGGAUGGGUUGUUUGGAUUUUCAAAGGGAUGUUUAUACAUGAGGAGGUGGGAUGAGCUGAACCAUUUUUUCAGUAAAACAGGGGUAAUUGUGACAUUUGGCUUGAAUGCUCUCUAUGGGAGGCACAAGCUUAAGGGGAAUGCUUGGGGAGGAGAUUGGGACUCUAGCAACGCCAGGAGUUUAAUGAAGUAUUCCAUUUCAAAGGGAUACCAGAUAGAUUCAUGGGAAUUGGGUAACGAGUUGACUGGAAAUGGCAUUGGUGCAAGUGUUGGUGCUGAACUGUAUGGGAAAGACUUGAUCAAGUUUAAAAGUUUUAUGAAUAACUUGUAUCAGAAAUCCAAAUUGAAGCCUUCACUCAUAGCACCUGGAGGUUUCUAUGACCAAGAAUGGUUCGCUAAACUUCUUCAGGUUUCAGGUUCAAAUGUAGUCAAUUUCGUGACUCAUCAUAUAUAUAAUUUAGGUGCAGGUAAUGACCCCAGUCUUGUAAAGAAGAUAAUGGAUCCCUCUUACUUAAGCGAGAUAUCAAAGACAUUUAACAGUCUUCACCAAACUAUUCAGCAUAAUGGUCCUUGGGCUUCUGCAUGGGUUGGAGAAUCUGGUGGUGCCUUUAACAGUGGUGGUCGCCAUGUGUCUGACUCAUUCAUGGACAGCUUCUGGUACUUAGAUCAGCUUGGAAUGGCAUCCAAGUUCAAUACUAAAGCAUAUUGCAGGCAGACUUUAGUUGGUGGGAAUUAUGGUCUCCUCAACACAGCCACAUUUGUCCCCAGGCCUGAUUACUACAGUGCACUUCUAUGGCAUCGACUUAUGGGAAAAGGUGUUCUUGCUGUUAGUACUGGUGAUUCACCAUACCUACGCUCUUAUGCCCACUGUUCAAAAGGAAGAGCGGGUAUUACUUUGCUCCUGAUUAAUUUUAGCAAUCAGACUAGGUUCGUCAUCAAUGUUGAAAAUCUAAUGCACGUCAAUUUACCCGCAAAUGGGAGAAAAAUCCAAAGCCGAAAUUCUUUCGUGCAUAGUAUUAAGAAAACGGUUGCUUGGGUUGGAAGCAAAGCUUCAGAUGGACCAUUGUACAGAGAGGAGUUUCACUUGACCCCCAAAGAUGGGAAUCUUCGAAGUGAAACCUCAGUUCUAAACGGAGUUCCAUUAGUGCUUACAGAUCAUGGAGAAAUCCCAAAAUUGGCCCCUGUCCUCAAUAAUGUGCAUUCUCCAUUAUAUAUUUCACCUUACUCCAUUUCUUUCAUAGUACUUCCCAACUUUGAUGCUCCUGCUUGUGCAUAAUUCUCUCUUCACUCUUGACUCAGAGCUUUUGGUUCUGAUGUCUUUAGUGUAAGUAGUAGUCUCUUCAAUAAGAAAUUUCUGAUGUAAUAAGAUACUAUUCAUAAUCUAGCUGAUUUAUAAUCUUAUUAUUUUUUAAUCAAAGUCCUGAGUUUUUGUAAUGAUUUCUGAUGAACAUAUUUAUCAUUUAAAUUUCUGCUUGCUAGUUUGUGUCA